AUUUUAAAAAAUUACUCUGAGACCUGCUUUGCCGAAACACCAACAGCUUUCACUCUCUCUUUGCAACUCGAAACUCGAAUCCAAACUUCUGCCCUCUCUUCCUCAUCAGAACGUUUGAGAAAUUAGGGUUUCUUUGUAGAGAAAUGGCGUUGGCUAGUCGCAUCAGAUCCACCAUCCCUGUCCUCAGCAAGUUUUUAAGAUCCGAAUCCUCCUGCACUCCGCUCUCAAGGACUUAUGCUGCUACAUCAGGGAAAAAUGAAGGAAAAGUGAAGGUGCCUAUUGCUUUGUUUGGAGGGUCUGGAAACUAUGCCUCUGCUCUGUAUCUAGCUGCAGUAAAAGCUAAUUCUUUAGACAAGGUGGAAUAUGAGCUUGUUAACCUUGUCGAGGCUAUUAAGAAAAGCCCUACAUUUUCUCAGUUCACAAUGGACCUGUCAGUUCCAGCAGAAACUAGAGUCAAGGCUAUCAAUGAAAUUUCUGCUGAAGCUAAAUUUUCAGACGUUGUAAAGAACUUUUUGGUUGUACUGGCUGAGAAUGGGAGGCUGAGAUAUGUAGAAAGCAUAGCCAAGAGGUUUUUGGAGUUGACCAUGGCUCAUAAGGGAGAAGUUAAAGCAGUUGUUACAACUGUUAUUCCUAUUCCAGCACAAGAAGAGAAGGAAUUGAAGGAGACAUUGCAAGAUAUAAUUGGACAAGGCAAGAAGGUUAAGCUCGAGCAGAAGAUUGAUCCCCGCAUACUUGGUGGUCUAGUUGUAGAAUUUGGCGAGAAGGUAUUUGACAUGUCCAUUAAAACCCGGGCACGUCAAAUGGAGAGGUUCUUGCGCCAACCUGUAACUCUUGAUGGUCUGUGAAAAAGUGUGUAACUUCUGUGGCACCAUCUCAUCAUCUGCAGCUAUUCGUCACUUUGUCAUCCAUGUUAAUGGACAAAGAUAUAUAUUUUUUUUUUUUUCCCCCACCCCCAAUUAUUUUUGUUGCCUUUUUACCUUAACUUGUUAUGAUGAUGGUAUACAACCAUCUUGGUGGAAAUAAGAAUUUCGGCCUUUAUGUGGAUUAUAAAAUCUUGUAAGAGUUACUUCGUUUUACAAUUUCUUAUUUCUGAGUGCUUCGCAAUUGAUGCGAAGUUUACUUCCAAAUAACGACGGGUCUAUCGUUAUCAA